UGAUUACUUAGCCUGACCUAUUUAGCAGAGUUUCGAGUCCCAUGAUGUGAAACGCACCUUAAAUCACAACACAAGUUUCGACAAGACCAAGAGGCACCUGGCGGAGAGCUUAACUUUGGAUACGAAAUAUAAGUCGAUCGUAUUUGGUGCUAUAAAUAGAUAAGACUUGCCAAGAUCGGACUUAUACAGAUCCGUGGGCUGUAAAUAAGGAGAAAGGAUCGCAGGUCACAGACGCCUUCAGCGUAAUCUGCGCUAGCUUCCUAAGGAAACAAAAGAUGGAGGUUAUAGAGGAAAGAAUAACAAAGGGGGACCCGGACUUUAAGGAUAUAAAUCCGCCUAAGACUCGAGAGCGCAGCAAGUCUCUGUUCCAAGCAGAACGCCCCAAGCUGACGGAGACUGACCGUGGUGUUUUCGUCAUGACACACGCAGACUUCCCUCGACGUAUUCGAACGCAAUCAAUGCCUAUCGAUCCUGAAAAAUUGAAGCCAAAAUCCUCAGCAUUCAACAGUUCAACUAUUCGGAAAAUUAUCCACGAUGUUCUGGAAGACAAACUGUCUGGAAAAAACUACAGUCCCAAAGAAUGUAGCUCUGCUGUGAGGGACAUCGUCAACAUCAUUAAAGUCAAGAUGAGCGAACUUCAGAUGCCUCACUACAAGUUUGCUUGUACUUGUCUCAUUACUAAAAGGAUUAAGCCAGCACCUGCAGUGGAGAGUGGAUGUGUCUGGGACAACGCUAAAACGUCGGUGGAUCAAGAUAAUUUUGCGGAAUUUCUUUAUAAGAACGAGGACUUGUACGCUUUAGGGACUGUUUACGGAAUCUACGAUGAGAAAUUCGAGAAGAGGUCGUCAGCGACGACGUCCAUGUCUACCAAGAGCUACGGAAGGCCCUCGCCAAUACCAGAAUAAAAGUAUGUUUAAGACACAAGAUGGUACAUAAAUGACAAAAUGAAAAAACGGAGAAGUUUAAUGAGAUAUCAAAUAAAAUACCGCAAGCAAUCGUCAAGCGAGUUAAGAUUGAAUUUCAAAACAAAACCAUUUUUAAUAUCAUGUUACAAAUAGUUUCGCACAACAAGUCGUUUUUUUUUUUUGAUAACUAAUAUCUAUUACUAAUAUUGCUGUUUGUCAAAGGUGUAUCUUUUUUAAAAACAAUGAAGAAUGUAUAUACUAUUAGCGAACAGAACCGGAUAUUUAUGUUAUAAUAGAAACAGAAAUAUUUUGGCACAACUUUGAUCUUGUGAUCCUUCAGUGGAUUAUCUUGUU